GAUAUGUUUGAUCCGCAUUGUUGGGGGAAGGAGUCCUAUUAUGAUGAAAUAGCACGUGUACAGAAAGAAGAAAUGGACAGAAGAGAAAAGGAGCGAAAGGACAAGACAAAGGUGGACAUAAUCUCAGGUACCAAGAAACCCCAAGAGGAGGAAGCCAAGAAAAGAAAAUCGCGUUUUGACCAAGGAGGACCUUCUACUAAUAUCCUCAAACCUAUGGUUGCUCCUCCAACUCUCACUUCAGUGCCAUCGGGAACAAAAGCUACAAUAGAUGCUUUUGGAGGCUUAAAAAAGACCAAAUAGCUGUAGAAAACUUUUUUUUUCUUCUUUUCUUUUCUUUUAAAAUAUCUACUGGAUUGAAAGAGGAAAUAUAUUUAUAUUCCAGGCUCUCAUGAUUUUGUUAAGACAUUUAUUUUAACAUUCUAUGUAUUUUUUUAUAAUUUUUUUAAAAAAUGUUGCUAUGUAUUAUACCAAGUUUUCAGAAAGUAGCAAACAGGCUUUGCUGACAUAAUAUUUGCAAGACAUUUUUGACCAUUUGUAUUCAUUAACUGCUGUAAUGGAAUUAACAAUAUUGAUUGUAGUUUCAUUUUGUAAUAUGAUCCUAUUGAGAUCCCUCUUAUUGAUUCACAUAAAGUAGAUGAUAGCAGUUAUACUGACAUGAAUGCUUCUAGAUCUUUUGUUAUAUUACAGUUACUUCAUCUCCCAAAGGUUCAGCAUCCCAUAUUUCUCUCACUUUCUCUCUUUUAUCCCAAUUUUUGGCCUUCUCAUUCUGAGAGUGGAUACUCUGUUCUAUUCCAUGUUGAAGAGAUAAAAAGAUACUUUCGACUACCUUCCACAUCCAUACUGUUAAUACUAUUCAUUAAUGAUUACACUUCCCAUACCCCCAACAAAACCCCCGAUGCUGCAUUUAUAAGUAUUUACAAAAUUCCUUCCAAUUUUUGUGUCCCAGUUUUAACACAUUGUCUGAAAGUGCAAAUAAAUUAGGUAUAAAAAUAUAACUGGUAUUUAAAAUGUCUCACCUCAUGAUCUCCUGUGGAAUGAAGCAAGUAGGGCAGACGUAUCAGUGAUAGAAUUUUAUUUUUUGAAAUAUUUUUAGAUAUAUUAGUGAGGAUUACCAGAAUCUAGACUUAAGUGCUGGUUAUUCUUAUUGAUAAAAGCUGUAAUACAAAUUAUGUAUACUACAAUCAAGGAUAAUAAAAUAUUCAUAUUAUGUCU